GGAGGUUUCACGGGCAUUAGGGUGGGCGACCCAACCCGGCGCGGAGCACGCCCGCGUCGUUAGGGAGGAAGGCGCGGCGUCCCUGGUUACGGGUUCAGGCAAAGGGCAAAGGGCAGCGUCCGGGGUUGAGCUAGAGCUAGCCAGGCUUGGGAAUGGCGGCGUCCGGGGAGCCCGCGAGGCCCCGGCAGGAGGAGGUGGCGGCAGCGGUGGUGGUGGUGGGUUCCUGCAUGACCGACCUGGUCAGUCUUACUCCUCGCUUGCCAAAAACUGGAGAAACCAUCCACGGACAUAAGUUUUUCAUUGGCUUUGGAGGAAAAGGUGCCAACCAGUGUGUCCAAGCUGCUCGGCUUGGAGCAAAGACAUCCAUAGUCUGCAAGGUUGGCAAAGAUUCUUUUGGCAAUGAUUACAUAGAAAACUUAAAACAAAAUCAUAUUUCUACAGAAUUUACAUAUCAGACCAAAGAUGCUGCCACAGGAGCUGCUUCUAUAAUUGUCAACGAUGAAGGCCAGAAUAUCAUCGUCAUAGUGGCUGGAGCAAAUCUGCUUUUGAAUACUGAAGACUUGAAGAAGGCAGCCAGUGCCAUUAGCAGGGCCAAAGUGCUGAUCUGCCAACUCGAAAUAAGCCCAGCGACUUCUCUGGAAGCUCUGACAAUGGCCCGCAGCAGUGGAGUGAAAACAUUGUUCAAUCCGGCUCCCGCCAUUGCUGACCUGGACCCCCGAUUCUACACCCUCUCCAGUGUGUUCUGCUGCAAUGAAAGCGAGGCUGAGAUUUUAACGGGCCUCGUGGUGAACAGCCCAACCGAGGCUGGGAAGGCUGCGUUGGUUCUCCUAGAACGGGGCUGCCAGGUCGUGGUCAUCACCUUAGGGGCUUCAGGAUGUGUGACACUGUCCCAGGCGGAACCUGUCCCAAAGCACAUCCCCACAGAAGCAGUCAAGGCUGUGGACACCACGGAUCUAAAAUUUGACCUUUUCACCUGUUCCACUCCGAUCACAAGAGCAAAAAUCAGGAAGACGUUUCCCUCCACCUCCCCAUCUACACCCUUGUGUGAUCGGCACAGAAAGGACCCCUGCCUGCUCAGCGUCACUCAGUAGCUCUUACCUCUUCCCUGACACCCAUGUAACAUGUCACCUCCAUGCUCUCUUUCUCCAAAGCUGAAAAAAAAAAAAAAUCCAAGGUUGAUAAUGAAUCUCUCACAGUGUGAAGCUGGGCAUGGAGUUCUCGCAACACUUCAGUGCCCAGUGGGGAAACGUCACGAUUUCCCUCAGACCAGCCAGGUGCGACAGCACAUCCGGCCUUCAGGGAGCAGAGACAGGAGGUUCACAGCAAGUUCAAGGCCAGCCUGGUCUACGUAUUGUGUUCCAGGGUACAUGGGGAAGACUGUCUCAAAAAAGUCAGCACAAAUAAAAAAGACCUGUCUGGAGCCCUUUAUUCCAUUUCCUCCCAUUGUUUUUGACCAAACGGUAGAAUUCCUAGUUUGAUCCCAGACCUAAAUGACUAACUAGCCUUGGUUUUCAGAUGAUUCACUCUUUCCAGAAGUCAAUUCCUUAGGCAGAGUGUGUCUCAGCCCACAGCAUCAGUACCACCUGGGAACUUAUUAGGAAUGCAAAUCCCAAGCCCCACCUUAGGUUUUAAUGGAUCAGAAAGUUUGAGGGUGGGGCCCAGCCCUCCCCAUUUUAACAAUCCCUCCAGGCUAUUCUGAGGUCAAGAUUGAAAACCCCUAGCUUAGAAGAUGUACAUUUGCUUCCACCGAAGAUAUUCAGAGGUAUUUUAAAGUAUUUAUGAGCAAAGGCCAAAGCCUUUCCAGGUACUGAGCUCCAACCAAAGACAUCCUAACUGCCACCUAACUGUCUUUGAGUUCUUAUGCUUGGUUCCUUGUCUGGAAAAUGAAAGCCUGGCUGCCUCACAGGACUGUAAUGAGAUUAUCUGAAUCGCAUCUGUAAACAUACCCUGUAAAUAGACAAGAAAGUGAAAGUCCUGCCUUUCUUCAGGCAGGAUCCUAGGGUCGUGAGCAUUGCCCUUGACAGGAGCGGAAAGGCCUGUGUUUAUCAUUUCCCUGACCCAGUUCACUUUUUUUGUCCAGCCUACGACCUGCUGGAUGUCUCUCAGGUUCUGUCAUUUAGUCUCACAGGUUGAUCUGCUCUGAAGGAAAACCAUUUCCUGAUUAGUGCUCACCCAAACCUAAGGGGCUAUAUGCCCUUGCUCAGACAUGCUGUUUCUGCUGGCUUCCCCGGGAUGCUCUGUGCUGGUCUCUGUGGGUGGACAGUGUGUGACUACCAGAGCUCUCAUGAGAGGUGUGCGCCACACCAGAA